GGGACACAUAUUUCAGCAAUCUGAAGCUUAAGUGCAGGCGAGCAGCAGCGCUAAGUCCUUCAGAUUGAGCGACAACACAAGGGGGAAGGAGUCGGCAUGGCCCAGAAAAAGAACACUGUGUUCUCCAUCCGGGAGUAUAGUCCCUCAGACAAACACGUGAUCCAGUCGCUCUUCCGCGACGGCCUCCUCGAGCAUGUUUACCCGGCUUUCUUCAAAGCCAUGAGCCAUCCGGACCACAUUGGCAUCGCUCUGAGCAUCUCCAUGGCGGGCUACGUGCUCGGUGGCAGCUCCUACUUCCAGGCGCUCCUCUUUGGCAGCGCGUGGGCCGGCCUCAUUUACUUCUGCUGCCAUGAAAUCUACGAAGGCUACGUGUUGAGGCGGCUGAGCUCAGACAUGGCUGACAUUCAAGCACACUACCUGGAGAACCCUGAUAACGGCUUGUGGGUGGCUGAGGCUGACGACAAAGGCAAGUCCAAGGUGGUGGGGUUGGUGGCGGUGACGGGGAAAAGAGGAGCGGACGAAGUCGAAAGGUUUGACGACUGCAACGGGGGCGUCUUCGGAGGAGGAGCAGAGUUCGGCCAAGAUGCCAUAGACGGGAGUUACGGCGAGAUGUCCCACAUGGUCGUGUUGUUUCCUUGGCGCCGCAAAAACCUGGGUACGCUGCUGAUGGAGAAGGCUCUGGAUUUCUGCAAAGACAGAGGCUACUCCCGACUCAUUGUGGACGUCAGCUCGCCACAGAAAGCCGCCAUUUCCCUCUACCAGAAGUUUGGUUUCAUUCAAACUUCGUCCCACAGAAACACACACUCAAACCGCUGGUUCUCCAAACUGGCAAGAAUAAAUGUGAAGCAAAUGGAGAAGUUUGUUUAAUGCAGAAUGGACUUCAGCAGGUUCUCAUUCCCCCGAUCGAAAUCCACACUUUGUCGCCUCACUU